AUCUUGGUCCUGAGUCAAUAGCAGAAUUUCUAGAAAUGCAAGAUGAAAUCAAAGAAAAUUUUGCAGAACCACAAAAACUAUGCGCAAAUAAAUUUAAUUUUAAAAGAAAAGGCCUUGGUGAUAAAAUAUUUCACCCUCUUCCUGCACUUCAAUCUGCACCAGGUGGUGGGAAAUCUUUCUUUUUUGAUGAGUUGGAUUCUCUGAAAAGUGAAGAUCUUGUUCAUUAUUUAAAACCAAAACUUUCUAAUCUGGAAAAAGAACAAGAAUGUGAAAAACAACAGUAUGCCAAGGACAUUGUAUAUAUACUACAUAAUUCAGUCAGUGUGUGUGUAACAUAUAAUGGAAGUUCACCAUAUGAUGAUGAUAUAGUUGAGAAUAUCCAAAGAGAAUUGGAAUCAUUGGAUAUUUUAACAGCUGUUUGA